UGGUAAGCUGCCACGUCAGCAGGCCACGUCAGCAGACCACGUCAGCAGGCCACGUCAGCAGACCACGUUAGUAGACCACAUCAGCAGGCCACGUCAGCCGGCCACGUCAGCAGGACACGUCAGCAGGACACAUCAGCAGUACCACAUCAGCAGGCCGGUCUGGUCUAUGCUGCUGCAUUCACAGACAGCAGUCAUGGACCAGAGGGCCGGGGAAACAGACGAGGCCUAUCAGGCCCGCAUGUUAGCCUGGUGCACCGAAACUAAGAAGCGAGCAGAUGACACUGCAGCUGCAGCAAAGAGGAAGGCAGAGGAAGCCGAACAGGCACGGCUGCUGGCAGAUGAGCAACGGCGCCAGCAGGCCGAAGCAGCAGCAAGGGCUGCCGAUGAAGAGAGACAUCAACGUCGCGAGAAGAUCUUCACCGGAGAGCCGGCGAUUCUCAACAUGGCAGCAGCAUGGCGAACCGAGGCUGAGGAAGGCAAGUUGGAGGACAGCGCCAACAAGAUAGCACUCCUCCUCUCGCACCUCACCGAUAUCCUGGCCACCUGCAUUACACAGCAGGAGGAGAUCCAUGGCCUCGACAACUCGGUAGCUGAUCUCCAAGACCGCCUUCAGCGUCUGGAGCAGCGACCGGUCGCCGCCGCCGACGCCAGCUCUUCCAACACCGCCGACCGCCUCAAUGCUUUGGAGAUGGACGUCGGUUCACUCAAGGAUGGCGUACAAUCGCAGCAGACCGCGACACAACAAUUGCAGCAGCGGCUCUGCACCACCGCCACCACCUUGAGUUCCGAACCACGCGAGACAACUCCAAAAUUUGAUGGGCAGGAGAUCUUCUGCGACGCAACGAAGACAGAUCCUAUUCCAUGGUUCCGCAAGUUCGAGCUCACGCUGCAGUUGGCCAACCUCAAGGAACACAAGCACCACGCUUACUUGUACUCUCGCUCAGGGGGCGCGUGCCAGGCCUGGUUGGACAACCUCCUAUCCAAGUACGGAGACUUGCACACCAAGAUCAGUUGGGAUGAUCUGAAGGCGGCGUGGCACAAGCGGUUCCAGGUGGAGCCGCCAGAGAUCAAGGCCAUGGACAAGCUCAUGGUUUUCGAGCAGGGCUCGCUGCCGAGCGCGGACUGGAUCGCCGAGUACCAACGCUUGACGUCCGUCCCAGACAUCCAGAUGGGCUUCAAAGCCAUCCGCCACUAUUUCAUCUCAAGGUCAUGUCCGACAUUGAGCAAUGCCCUGACGCAUGUCGAGGACACCUUGACGACGACGGCGGAGUUAUUCGACAAGGCGGCGCAGAUCAUUAUCACGAACAAGGAGGCCAAGGACCUCCGUUCUUCUGCGUCAGGCCCGAACAGGGACCAGCAUCGGCCAAGAGUGGUCGUGGUCGCAGCGGCAACGCCCGUCGACCAAUCCAGCGAGGCUGCGUCUGCCAGUGAAGGGGACAAAUUCGCAGCAGCCCGGGAAGGUGGCCGCCCCGGCAGAGGCCGAGGUCGCGGCAAGACGAAGACACACACCGUUUCUAGCCCCGGACCCGGUGCAGCAGCUCAGACAGGCCCAUGGACCCCUUCGUCUUCAAGUGGUGAUUCACGGGAUUCGGCGCGCGAGUUCAAUAUAGAGGCAUUGAACCCGCUCACGUCUGAGGACUUUGCAUGGCUUCCUCUCCCAACCACAGGCUGCUUGCCGGGACCGCAAUGCGCAGCACUUAGCGCUCAUCUCCACACUUACCUUUCCUUCUAUGCACCACCAACUUCGCCGACGGAUGACGAAGUCGCGGUGGGGGACAUCCUGGCAUAUAUUACCAAGGUGGCCCGCGAGUUUCGCACGCAGCGGUACGAUAACAACAAUGCACCGCUCAUGUAUGUCCGCAUCCAGGUUGGGCAAGCGUCCUGCAGCGCUUUGUUGGAUAGCGGCGCGACUCGCAACUUCAUGAGCCAGUCUUUUAUGCAAAGGGCUGGCCUUGGCGCUCAGGUUCGGAGGAAGGCAAACCCGACGGCGAUCAAGUUUGCGGAUGGUAAGACGCAGCAACUUCUCGACCGUUACAUCGAGGCCGUACCGGUCUACUUCGCACCUCAUGCAUGCGAACCGGUAACAUUCGAUAUUCUCGACACGGACUUCGACAUCAUUUUGGGAAUGCCUUGGCUCGCAAGUGUGGAUCACACGGUCAACUUCCAUCGGCGGACUCUUAGCGUUCGCGACGCCUUCGGCACGGAAGUGGCGUGUACUAUUCCUCUACCGCACUCUUCAAUCCGGUGCCAAGUGGUGACGGCCAAAUCAUUCCGGGCAACUUGCGCUUACGAGCAGCUCGAGGAGAUCGGCCUAUGUUUCCUACGGACCGUCGCGGUAGCCGACUCUUCACCCACGGACUUGUCUUCGGACCCCCGUGUGGUACGGUUGCUGGACGAGUUCGCCGACAUCUUCGAGUCACCUACCGGUGUGGUGCCGGAUCGGCCGAUCUCUCACGAGAUCAUUCUUGAGGCCGGUACUGUCAAGAAUGCGGGGCCUCUUCCUCGCAUCGACGAUCUUCUUGAGCGGCUGGGCGGUGCCAAGUACUUCUCCAAGCUGGAUUUAAAAUCAGGCUAUCAUCAGAUCUCGAUUCAGCCGACCGAUCGCUACAAAACCGCGUUUAAGACGCGGUACGGGCAUUUUGAGUGGGUGGUCAUGCCUUUUGGCCUCACCAACGCCCCGGCGACCUUUCAGGCGGCUAUGACCAACGAGUUUCGUGCAAUGUUGGACCGGUUUGUGCUGGUCUACUUAGACGAUAUUCUCGUCUAUUGGAGGAUCAUCUGGGGUACCUUCGACGAGUGUUGGAGACGCUCCGCCGUGCCAAGUACAAGGCCAACCGCGACAAGUCGAGCUACGACCAUUGUCAGUCCCAUUGAGGCGAAGGGAAGCGAUUGCCAUGGACAUCACUGGCCCGGUCCCCAAGCACAAGACCGGAGUGGAUGGGAUUCUCACGGUGGUCGACCGACUCACCAAGUUCGCCAUGUUUUUUUGCCUUGUCGCUAUCAUGCCAAGGCACCGGAGUUGGCCGAGGUUUUGUACGCCGGUUGGAUUCGCACCAAGGGUUACCCCAAGGAGAUCGUCUGCGACCGCGACACUCAGUCCAUGUCCGAUUUUUGGUUGGCGCUCAUCAAGCGAUGGGGCUCAUCUCUCAAGCCCAGUUCAACUCGCCACCCUCAGAUCGAUGGCCAGACGGAGAGGGCGCAUCAGACCGCACAGGUUCUCCUUCGCACUCUCAUCCGCCCCGACCAGAAAGACUGGGUUGAGCGACUGCCGGACGUUGAGUUGGCCUACAACUCUUCCAUUCACCUGGCUAUUGCGAUAUCGCCCUUCGAGUUCGAGCACGGCUCGCCGGUCACGUCACCAUUGGACACAAUUACUCCACCCACGGCCGAGAGCGACGACCAUCUUCUUUUCUUGCGUCGGAUGCAAGAGCUUCUUGUCAAGGCACGCGACCAGAUGGCUAAGACGCAACAGCGCAUGCGCCAACAGGCAAAUCGCCAGCGUCUUCCUUGUCCAUUCCACGCCGGAGACCUUGUCUGGGUUUCAGCAGCGGAAUUCAGCCUUGAACAGGACAUCUCUCGCAAGCUCCUUCCGAAAUGGAUGGGGGCUUGGCCGAUCAUUGAGCCCGCUGGGGACGCACCCGAGGGGCCUUCCUUCACGAUUCAGGUGCCUAGUCACUUGCCUGUCUACCCAGUCUUUCAUUGUUCCAAAUUGGCUCUGUACAGGCCGGCGGAACAUGAUGAUUUUUCCGGGAGACGUACGCAGGAUCCACCUUCUAUGGAUGGUUUUCAGGAGGUCGGCGACAUCAUCUCCCAGCGACGCUACGGCAACAAGCCAACUGAGUAUCUGAUGCAUUUUGCUUACUGCACUCAUCGAGCUGAUCGUUGGUUGACCCGUGCGGAACUGCAAGCGACAGCUCCAGACGUUCUCGCACGCUACGAACGCAAGAUGCGAGGCAAGCCGGAUUCUUCGGCUCCACGCCGCGCCCGCGUCCAGGUUCCACCUUCAUACCGACGGCUUCGCCCUCGCCCCAGCUUGACUUCAUAAGGAGGGGAGGGUGUUACAUGCAGCGCGUGCACUCACACGGGCCAUUUUGCAGGCCCGACUGGAUUCAGGCCAAAACCCUGGAUUUCAGGCCGAAA